GAACUCUCGCGAUGUUAUGAAGCGGAAGCCACCAGCUGAAUCUUGAUAUUAGUCAACCAGAGCUACUUAUGUUGUUCAAAAGCGACCGCUUUGUACGACAGGAGGACAGCGAAUUGUGUUUCAUAAUAAAAUCAGUGAACAGGCGCUGUACUUGUUCGUCUUCGAACAAACUGUCAUUUUGCCUGUUCCGUGGGAGGAUUAAGUGUUUUCAUGUUGUGCAAUUUACAGUGUUUGCGUGAAGACUUCUGUGGCGAAUCGCAUCAGUUCGCCCGGGGGGUCAUCGUCAACGACGACACCCUCUGCUCCGAUAGCGCUAACUGUUUAGAAAAUGACCGGAGAGAAGAUCCGCUCCUUGCAGAAGGACAGCAAGCCGAACAAAGACGAGGAUUUACUAGAACCGGACGAGGAGGCUGCGACCGGGACGUUCACCGUCUCCAAGACGAACAACAAGAGCAGAGCGACUAAAAUCUUCAGUAAUCACAAGUUGAACAAGUCGCCAUCCACACAGGAGCAGCAGAGCCAGCAGUCGCAGAUUAAUGCCAACACCAACACACUGUCAACAUCGGAUGUUAUCGAUGACAACAACAAGAACCCAAUUAUCCGAACCGGGCAGGACUUUCCGGUGCAUGAAUGUGUGUUUAAGGGAGAUGUCCGACGCCUGUCUUCUCUCAUACGGACGCAGAAUAUCGCACAGAAGGACGUCCAUGGAAACACACCUCUGCAUCUGGCUGUCAUGAUGGGGCACAAAGAAUGUGCCCACCUGCUUCUGGCCCAUAAUGCACCAGUGAAGGUGAAGAACGCUCAGGGAUGGAGCCCCCUUGCAGAGGCCAUCAGCUACGGAGACAGACAGAUGAUCACAGCACUGCUGAGGAAGCUGAAGCAACAAUCUAGGGAGAGUGUAGAGGACAAGAGGCCUAAACUGCUGAAAGCCCUGAAAGAGCUUGGUGACUUCUACUUGGAGCUUCAUUGGGACUUCCAAAGUUGGGUGCCAUUGCUCUCCAGAAUCCUGCCUUCAGAUGCAUGUAAGAUCUACAAGCAGGGCAUCAACAUCAGGUUGGACACUACGCUGAUAGACUUCACAGACAUGAAGUGCCAGCGCGGUGACCUCAGCUUCAUCUUCAAUGGCAAUGCAAUCCCAUCCGAGUCUUUUGUUGUGCUGGAUAACGAACAGAAAGUUUACCAGCGGAUACACCAUGAGGAGUCGGAGAUGGAGACGGAGGAGGAAGUGGACAUUCUGAUGAGCAGCGACAUUUACUCCGCCACGCUCUCCACCAAGUCCAUCACCUUCUCCAGGGCGCAGACUGGCUGGCUGUUCAGAGAAGACAAGACGGAGCGCGUGGGAAACUUUCUGGCAGAUUUCUACUCUGUGAACGGCCUGGUGCUCGAGUCCAGGAAGAGACGGGAGCAUCUCAGCGAGGAGGACAUCUUGAGGAACAAAGCCAUCAUGGAGAGCCUGAGCAAAGGAGGAAACCUCAUAGAGCAGAACUUGGAGCCAGCGAGGAGGCAAUCUCUAACUCCCCCGUCAUCCAACACUAUAUCCUGGGAAGAAUACAUCACCACUGACAAUGGAAAAGCUCCGAAUCUAGGAAGAGAGCUGGUUUGCAAAGAGAGCAAGAAGAACUUCAAAGCCACGAUAGCCAUGAGUCAAGACUUCCCUCUGAGCAUUGAAUCGUUACUGAACGUUCUGGAGGUGAUUGCACCAUUUAAGCACUUUAAUAAACUCAGGGAGUUUGUUCAGAUGAAGCUCCCCCCCGGCUUUCCUGUCAAACUAGACAUCCCCGUCUUUCCCACGAUCACAGCCACGGUGACGUUUCAGGAGUUUCGCUAUGAUGAAUUCGACCAGUCCAUCUUUACCAUUCCCAGUGAUUAUAAAGAAGACCCGAGCCGCUUCCCUGACCUUUAACUUGUCAAGCUACAGCAGGAAGCAAAUGUAAAACAAAGAAACAUUAUGCUACAAAACUUUUUUUUAUUACAAAAGAAAAAACCGACGAGGAGAAAACUGCGUACAAACAGCAAAAAAUGACCCAAGUCUGACACACGAGAAAAAUGACAACGGAUGAAUCUGAACGUGUCAUCGGUCAAAGGGCAUUGAAGAGAAAGUGAGGGACGACAGAGCAGUCGUGAGUACUUUUGUUACAAGAUGCAGCUAGAGAAAGACAACCUGUUCAGCUGAUGCCAUGUGUUUAAGUAUGUAGGUAACAUCUGUAAAGGGACUGUGUGUAACUGACAUGUAGCGAAGCACUGUUAUUACUGUGUGAGCUUUUGGAAAGGGAUCAACAACAACAACAAAAAAAAGAGGUUUCCUACUUAAGUAGACUUAAAAAUUUCGAAGCUGCAAAGUCAUGUUAGUUUUGUGAUAUUAAAGUUCAAGUACCACAUAAAAUUGUACAUAAUCUGAUAUACACCUCUUACACAGAUGUGCAGGGGAAUAAAAUCUUUUUUUUUUUUUUUUUUUU